GAAUUUGAAUCCGGAGAAUAAUGACACUUCUGCCUGGAGCUGUCAUGUUGCAAAAGCAUAAGGUCAAUCCAGGGCGACCCUUUACCUAGGAAGAAUGCGGAACAGCGGGGAGGGACUGGGAUAGGGGGAGGCAGCCUGGCAGGGAUGGGAGGGAAUUGGGAAGUGCAGCGGAGCGCUUUGCUUGGCCAUUUCGCUAGCAGGCUGCAAUGUUAUUGAAGGGGUAUUGAGCGAAAGGGAGGACGUUCCUCCAAACUGGUGUCUUGUGUGAGGGUCUUUCUCAGUAACAGGCCAGCCCUCAUUCAUUCCUCCUCCCCGCCGUCUCCCCUCCCCUGUGUUCUCUUCCUCCCCCUCCUCAACCACCUUCUGGGCUCGCACUGCCUGCGCCUCUCUUCCCGGGAGCUGGGAACAUUCACGGCUGAGGGGAGACAGGAGGAAGGGAGCACUUACCGGGGGACACGUGGAGCGGGCAGGUGUUUCAGACCGAACUUUGGUGCCUGCUUUUGAGGUGGGAUCCGAAAAUAAAUCUCGAGAGCGGGAUCUGAAUACAGGAAUCGUGCCUGAAGGGGAUCGGGGAGUGCUGAAAGGAGAUCAGAGAGAAUUCGGACUGAAAACGCAGCAGAGGAGGAAGAAGUUAAAGAGAAAGGCAAUCCGGCCCAACCAGGGCACCGCGACUUCAGCGUCCACCGGGGGCACCUGACGGACGGGGGGGAACUGAAGGACGCGGGCUCGUUGGGGAGAGACCUUUCGCCUGUUUUUGCAGGAGGUCACCGCAGUCUGGUACAGCAAGAGCCUGCUGGGCGCACGUACCCAUCUUACACCCGGCGGGUGGUGGGGGCAGAGUAGAGCCAGCGGGGGUACAGGGUAUCUGCCACCUGUUGGACUUAGUGCUAGAGAGCCACACUGGCUGGACACUGCGUGAAUCCUGUGUGUUCCUUUGGAUGUUUCUGAAGCGAUCGAAUUUAGCGUUAUCUCCUUGCAUCUGGAUUUGGUGACUGACAAAUUACUUUUGUGCUGUAACUGAGGGAUGUACGCGGGGACUUGCUCCAGUUCCCAUGGGCAGAGAGUGCCCGUAUCACAGAGUGUCUCUGCUGUGUGCUUUUCCCCUGGAUACAAAGGUGCUAUACUGGUCUAAGCCAGAGCUAUGCAUCCUGACCCACGGCCCUGGCAUCCACUGCUUUGUUUCCUAGUGUUGGUUGUUUCCACAUCUGCUAAUUCAGAUGUGACUCCUCACUUUACAUCUGAGCCACUCUCCACUGUCCAGAAGCUUGGAGGCCCUGUUACACUUCUAUGUACUGCAGAGCCACCCUGGGCUCAUAUAUCAUGGCUAUUUAAUGGUGAAUUGUUGGAACGAAUUUCAUCCCAAGGUGUGGAUAUUCAGUCAGGGCAUCUUACCAUCCCAUCCCUUGGCACUGCUCACAUUGGACAGUAUCAGUGCAUUGCCAGCACCUCUGUAGGAGCCAUUCUCAGCAGGCCUGCAACAGUAUCUGUGGCAUAUCUGAAUGACUUUGAAACCACAAUAGGGCACAGUGUGACAGCAGAAGAAGGAAGCAGUGAAUUUAUUGGAUGUAAAAUACCAGAGAGUAACCCUAAAGCUCAUGUUCGGUACAAAGUGAGAGGAAAGUGGCUAAAAGAAUCCUCCGUAGACAAGUACUUGAUUCUUCCUUCUGGAAAUUUGCAUAUUCUCAAUGUGUCAUUGGAGGAUCGAGGGACCUAUAGAUGUGCAGCCUACAACCCAGUUACUCAUGAACUCAAGCCUAAUCCCAGCACUGUCAAGCUGUCCGUUAACCGUUCGCCUCAAGUUGACUCUCACAUUCUACACCCUGUUAUUGCACAGACUGUUUUGGUACAGAUUCAUGACCCUUUAACUCUUGAAUGUGUGGUUGGAGGAGUGCCAAACCAUUCGCAAGUAUAUUGGUACAAAGGUGGGAAAGAGGCUGAGGCUUAUGGAAGAAGAAAACUGUUGCAUACUCACCUGGUGAUAGAGCAGGUUCAACGAUCAGAUGCUGGCAACUACUCCUGCGUUUUUGAUAAUGGAUCUGGAGUAUUCCAACGUGUUAAUUACACACUCACUGUUUUAGAACCACCUUCAAUUUCCCAAAAAAAUGAGGAUCAGUCAUUAAUCAUGGGCAGCAAUGUAAGAUUUAGCUGCGAAUCACGCGGUAACCCUUCUCCAAAUAUAACAUGGUUUCACAACGCUGUUCAAAUUCAUCCUUCAGCCCAUCACCAAAUAUCUGGAAACAAACUACGUAUCACCAAUCUUAUCGCUGAGGAUUCUGGGAUUUAUCAGUGUUUUGCAAACAAUGGAGUUGGUUCAGCACAAGUAUCACAAAGGCUUACUGUUAAAUCUGAAACUUGGUCCAAACCAGUAAUCGUGUCACCACCCACUAGCAUCAGAGUGGCAAAUGGCGAUUUGGUUACCUUGACUUGCAAUGCCACUGGAAUUCCCACACCAACCAUCCGCUGGUAUGACAGCCAUGGACCUAUCAGCAGUCACCCUUCUCAGGUCCUGCGCUCCAAACCCCGGAAGGCAUUAAUGUCAAAGAUUGGAAACCUUGGUCUGCAUCAAGAUCCUGUACACUUAAUCAUGUCCCAAGCUGGUUCCAGCUCUUUGUACAUCAGGGCUAUUACUGUGCAGCAUUCUGGGAAAUAUACAUGUGAAGCAACAAAUGAAUUUGGCUCAGCCCAUGCAGAUGCUUUCUUGACAGUUGUUCCUUAUGAAAUGAGCACCAAACCUGAAGACAUCACUCCACUAGACCUGACUCAGAGUGAUGAGGGAGACUAUGACUCGGAAACCAGGGCUCCGAGUCACUCACAGCUAAAUGAACAUGAACCGGAAUCUCGAGUUACAGAAAAGCCUUAUAGCGGGGCAUCAUUGCCUGAAGCCCCUAUUAUUCUCAGCCCACCACAGACCACUAAGCCAGACAUGUAUAACUUGAUGUGGAGAUCCGGAAAAGACGGUGGGCUUCCCAUUAAUGCAUACUUUGUGCGUUAUCGCAAGCUAGAUGAUGAUGGAAACAUGGUUGGUAAUUGGAACUCUAUCCGAGUUCCAGCUAGUGAAAAUGAGUUCCCGCUCACUGAACUGGAAUCUUCUAGCCUCUAUGAAGUUCUUAUGGUGGCAAGAAAUGCAGCCGGGGAAGGCCAGCCAGCAAUGCUUACCUUCAGAACCAGUAAAGAAAGAAGUUCAUCUUCAAAAAACACGCAAGCCCCAUUCCCUCCUAUUGGGGACAACAAACAGACUGUUAUUCAUGGGGUGUCCAACUCUAAUUUUGGCUUGGUACCCAUGGACCCAUCUCGACACAGUGGAGUUCCUGAAGCUCCUGACCGCCCUACCAUUUCUACUGCUUCUGAGACAUCGGUGUAUGUCACCUGGAUUCCGAGGGCCAAUGGAGGAUCACCUAUUACCUCUUUUAAAGUAGAGUACAAGCGCACAGGAGGACACUGGAAUACUGCAUCUGAGAAUAUACCCCCCUCCAAGCUUUCUGUGGAAGUUUCCAACCUAGAGCCAGGUGGAUUGUACAAAUUUCGAGUCAUUGCAAUAAACAAUUAUGGAGAGAGCCGACGUAGCACUGUAUCCCGACCAUAUCAAGUAGCUGGUUAUAGCAGCCGCCUGCCAAAUCCCUUGAUUGUUGGUCCUCGUAUUGACCAGACUGAGGCAGUGACGGACACACAGAUUUUGCUAAAAUGGACAUACAUCCCUGAAAACAACAACAAUACGCCCAUCCAGGGAUUUUACAUCUACUACCGACCCACAGACAGUGACAAUGAUAGUGAUUACAAGAGGGACAUGGUUGAAGGAACAAAGCAACGUCAUUUAAUCAGUCAUCUGCAGCCGGAAACAUCUUAUGAUAUCAAAAUGCAGUGCUUCAAUGAACGUGGGGCCAGUGAUUACAGCAAUGUUAUGAUGUGUGAAACUAAAGCAAGAAGGGGCCCAGGGGCCUCAGAGUAUCCUGUGCUGGAUCUUAGUACUCCAUCUGUCCCUGAUCGCAGCUCAAGCCCGUCACAUUCACCAGCCAGAAGUGGAGACUUUUUGUAUGUCAUAGUUGGUUGUGUGCUUGGAGGAAUGGUACUCAUUCUUAUGGCAUUCAUUGCUAUGUGUCUUUUGAAGAAUCGGCAGCAGACUCUAAUGCAGAAGUUUGAACCUCCUGGUUAUCUAUACCAGGGAGCAGACCUAAAUGGACAAAUUAUUGAAUAUACCACAUUACCAGGAACAAGCCGUAUCAAUGGCAGUGUCCACACAGGUUUCAUGGGGAACGGGAAUCUUAAUAAUGGUUGCCCUCAUAUUCACCAUAAAGUUCAUAACAGAGCGAGCGGAGUAGGAAAUGGAGAAAUGUAUCCUGGAUGUAACAGCUCUUUGAAAGAAACAUACGUUGACUAUGAGCGUCUUCCACACCAUCUUUCAAAUGGUAGAGUUAUGUACACAGCAUUGCCACAAACUGAUCCUACUGAAUGCAUCAACUGCAGGAACUGCUGCAACAAUAACAGGUGCUUUACUAAACCCAAUGGAUCUUAUUGUGGUAAUGGUGUGGCUGUGAUGCCCGUGGGAAUGGCCCCUCAGCAGGAUGAAGGGGAAACAAAUCCGCUGAACCAUGUAAUGGUUCCUAUGUGCUUAACGUCUCCUGAUCAGAGAUUUAGUGAAGAAAUUGAGGAAGACCAUAAUGAAAAAGAAACACAGCUUUCAACAAAUUCUAUAUGCGUAGAAGAAGCCACUCAGACUGAGACAGAGCAACAGGAAGGAGAAGACUGCAACAAAACAGAGGGGGAUAGUUCUAUUCUGACAUGGGCCCCGCUUAUACUACCUGCUAUCUCAAAGGACUGUAAUGAAAAACACUCUUGGACUUCUACAGAUAAUACAUUAGACAAAUCUAAUGCUGACCAACCCCAGCUUCAAACACAAGAGGCAUAAUGAAAGACUGGAUUUGGGACAAUGGAGUUCAUGAUGUUGGAUUUGUAUCCAGCCUUGUUUUCAAAGUGCUUUUCACAGAGCCAGAACCUGUUUUCUUCAUUUGCCACACUUUGGGGCACAUUUACAAAUAUACGAAUCCGAAUCACGAAUGGGAAAAAAUCGUAUUGGAAACGAAAAUUUCGGAAGAUCGCAAAUAUCACGAAAAUGCUUAUGAAAAAAUCGUAUUAGUCACGAUAAUAUCGUAUUGGCGAUCCAAAAGUCAUGAAAUUUUCGUACCGAACAAUUGUAAUCAGCCUUAAAAUUUUUUCGUGCAAACUUCCGAAAAAGUCGUGCGCGGUCCGAAAAAGUCGUGCGGACGCCCAAAAAAAUCGGCAAAAAUACGCUCGGAGCAUUCGCAUGAACGCUCGAGUGUUCAUGCCUUUGUAAAUGUGCCCCUUUUAUGUAGUUGAUACAUGUAUUGCUCCGUUUAAGUCCCUUGCGCUACAGAAGAGUUCAUAACUUGGAGUCUAUACAAUGUAUUGGAGACCUUCAUAGAAUGGAUUGUACAGCACUAAUUCAUGAUGGGCUUUGUUAUUAGAUAACACUGCCACCCUCUAAGGGUUUGUUACAUGCUAGCAGACAACUCAGAUAGAUAAUAUAAGCAACAAUAGAGUAGGAAGCAGUGGACUGAAGCCAUUAUUUAUUUUUUAAAUAGCUUAAAGUUAUAGGAAGCGGUUCCACUAAAAUUCAGAUUUGUUUUUUCUUUUUAUAUUAUUUAUACCAUUUUUUUCUCUGUUUUCAUGGAUGGCGUCAAGCAGUAAAAUAUUUUUAGAAAGAUGUCUAUUUCUUUUAUUAAAAGGGGAUUUUUUUUCUCUACCAGAAAGUGUUAAUCAGCUUAUGCUUCACAUUCUUAUGCUCAUCUGGAAUCAGAUUUUAGAUAUUAGGUGCAAAUGUUAAUGUUACAAACACAAUGUAAUGUAAUGUACAAACACAAUGACAAUUUAAGCCAAUGGGGUGUAAUGUGCUUGCGCUGUGGUAAUUCUUGGCAACCAAUUUACUAGCAGACCAGUAAAUGCUACUUGUUAAUUGGUUGCAAGUGUUUACUAGACCUAGCACAAAUGUUGCAUUAGUUAUUGCCUUGCCCCCCCCCCCCCCCCCCCCCCCCCCCCCCAUAUUGCAGUGUGUAGAAACAUAGAACAUCCAUGCUGUAAGUUGUGCAUCUGGCCUGCAGUCAUUAUCUGUUUCAUUUCGGUUCAUGCUAAGUGAUAGUGUGAAUUGGUUUGGGCUGCCAGUGUUAAAAUGGACUUCUUUUAUUAGCACCUCAGCAAUGCAGUCUCAACUGACUUUCAUGUGGGUUUACUGAUUGCAACAUUUAAUGCUGGUUCCUUGGAAUUCAUUUGAAUUUCAUGAGCGGAUAAUUUGAUGCCAGUUUUAUACUGGUGACUGAAAUGAGCAUUUGAAAAAUAUAUGUUCCACAGGGCACAAUGUAAGCUGAAUUGAAUGUGUUUGUAUAUGUAUAUUGCUGGACACUUUUUGUAGUUAUAGGAAAAUCUAAUUUUUUUAUAAUUAGGGUUUAUCUAGUAUCUGUUUUUCUAUUAAAUAGGCAGUAUAAACUCAUUUCUCAUUAUCAGCACUGCAUAAUCCUUGUCUAUUUUCAAAGGUGUAGCAGCACCUGCUGUAUUGCUUGCCUCUUUGAAAUAAAGCUGACCAUACAUAGGUCUAAAUAAACUGCCUACCUGGCCCUUUUAGAUCAAGUACAUAGCUUACUGACUCAUGAACUGAAAAUGAUCCAGCAAGCUGCCCCUAUCAUGACCCGGGGGCCAAAAAAUCAGAUCACAAUAAUAUGGCUUGUUUGGCUAUCAUGCUACCAUAUUUGUAUAAAGACAAAUUUUCAAAGAAAGAAUGUUCGAUGGACACAGCAAGCUGUACCAUCAGACUUAACUGCCUAUUUAAUGAAAAAGAUAAGCUAUACUUAUAAAUACUUUUAUUUUUCCUUUAAACUAGCCAUGCUUCACUGGUCUGCAUCAUUUAUGGAAGAAACACAUAUGAAAAACAAUGCAAGGCCUGGAUUAUUAUUUGUGUUAAAUACACCCUCAUCCAUCAUGAUCAUUUAUUACAUUAUAGAUUGCUGUCUGCAACUUGUUCUAUGUAGGCUGGUUCUUUCUGUAAUUUAUUGACACUGUUAUAAGUGUUGUGUUUUCUUAUUCUAUUAUUAUUUAUAUGAGACAUUUAUAUUAGCCCAGCAGGCUUGUCAGAUUUGAUGUAUAGAGCCACCAGGUAGAAUUUUAGGCUAUUGCCAUGACAUGAAGUGAAUUACUGGGAGCUGAUGCAGAUGAAAAUAGCAAAUAUCUGUUAAACAUUUCAAAGAGAUGUUUUUAUUUGAAAAAAGUUCUAAUAGAACUCCUAAUGUCUAAUUUGUUGUGAGAACAUGUCAUUUUAAGAGGGCACCGCUCUAAGAAGUUUAGUGCCUGAAGGGUAGAUGGUGAUAUAUUUCAAGAGGAAAAUAUACUCCUUUAGAAGCGGCAUCUGUUUUCUAUUUAGUUGUGAUGAGUUGAAAGCAAAGUAUGGACCAUCACAAAUUUAAUGGGCAGAACAUUUCUUGUUUUCCGUUUCCUCUCAUAUAUAUUGUAUCAGUGAGAGCUGCCACAUUUUUGCAUUAGAGGAGGCCUGAUCCAAAGCCUGCAACCAAUAUGGCAGCACUUUUUCAAACAUUCAGGAUAAAGGAAUAUAUGGAGAGAAAGCAGUGCUGUGUUGUGUGUAUACAAUGUUCUGUGUGCCUAUUCUUUGCUGUCCAUUAACUGAAAGAUGGAAGGUAAUCAUUAUUUGUAAAUGAGAAUAUUUUAUUUGGACCAACAUGUUUCAACUAUAAGACUAAACAGAGAGAUUUUCAGACAUUAUGCUGUUCAUUGUUUUUAAACACUGUUUUUGCACGGAUACGAUUUUUAUCUUAAAGAAUAAGUGAACUUUUUUCCAGUCUCUAAACAUGCUCUUAAUAGUGCCCAGAAUAACACACCUUUCUCCCUGCAUUCCAACUUGUGUGGUUUCUACUUUACAAGCAGCUCAUUCAGCUACUCCCUGGUCUAGGAUGAAGCCCCACCCCCUUUUCUUUUCUUUGCUCUCCUUCCUUUUACUAUGAAGAUGGUCAAAGAGGUGUUUGCUGCACAUGACUCAUUGAUCUCUAUUGGAGUAAUGGCACAAGCAUGCCAAGUAGGCACCUAUUUGGCUGUCUUCACAGUUAAAGUGAGAAGGAGAGCUCAGAAAAAAGGGGAAGAGCUUCACUCGAAACUAGGAAGUAACUGAAAGAGUUGCAUUUGAGCUGCUUGUGCUAUAGAAACCACAUGGGACUGAAUGCAGAUAGAAAGGUACGUUAUUCUAGGGACUGUUUAGAGUUCUUUCUGGGGUUUUAAGCUACCCACUUAUCCUUAAUGUGACCCCUUGCGCUGACACUGCUAACCCUUGGCCUUAGAGCCACAUGGAGCAAAAGCAGCCUAGUAGACUACCUUGCAAGCAGAAAGCCCCUAUCUUUAUACAGAAGUGCCAAAUUAGAUUCACGUGGCCCUUCAUACAGAACAAAAUGUAAAUGAAUUCUGAUUUAUUUGAUGUAGCCUGAAUAAUCAUUACUGUGGUAUGACAGUACUCUAGGUUUGCGAAUUCAAGCACUAAAAUAUACUUAAACUGAAGGUCUAUGUAGAAUAACAUCUCUAAUAUUACAUUUAUUUUAACUCAAUCCAGUAUCACACCCCAAUAUGUAUUGCUUAUUUCACCACUAGAAAACCAGUUCCCAGUAAUUUGUGCUAUGCCAGCUUGCACAUCACUUCACCUGUAUAUAUCUGUGUGGUUACCAUUAGAACUCUUGCUGCGUGUAAUGUGCAUUAGUUUGCUCUGGCUUUAUCAUUGUUUCACACUAAUAAUCUUCACCUAAAUAUGUAUAUACUUACUCUCUAUGAACUGUAACCCAUUAACUUGUCAGAAACAAGCGUGUAUUAGUAUCUUAUUUACUUGUGAAAUUUCCCAGGGCAAAGCAUUAACUAGUGCAUGUUUUCAUUUGUCAUCAUAGAAAAUUGUACUUUAUUUUCCUAAGAAAAUAAAAAGUUGUAAUAUUCUUUUAUUGUACAGAAUUAUUAAAUGAUGUAGUAUUUUUUUAAGAUGUCAUUGUUGGCUAUUUUGUAAAAUAAUGUUAUUAAAGAGAAAUAUACCUAAUAUAAAA